AUGCGUCAGCGUGUGGUCUCCGAGAGCGGGCGCUUGGACGAGGAGGUCGAACGCACGCGGCAGGAAGUGGCGCGGGAGGCGCAGGCCAUGCGCGAAUUGCGUCAGGCUGAAGGUGAGAGGGAUCGAAAGACAAAGGUGCUGGAACAACUGUCAAAUCAACUGCAGCAGGUUCAAGAAGAGAAGGCUUCAGUGAGCCACGGGUGCCGCCAAGAAGCCGUCACUGCGAUGGUCAUGGCGCUAGAGGCCCUGUGGCACCGCUGGCGUCGCAGCGCUUGGCAGCUGACGCUGCGACGAUGGCAGGAGGCUCUGCGGGCGCUGCAGCGCAAGGGGCAACGGAUUGCGGUGGCAAAGAAGAUCUCACUGCUGUCUAGCUGCCUACUUCUGUGGCGAGAAGUGGUCACAUCCUUGGUGGCAGAACGAGAAGCGGUCAAGCAUGUGGAAGAGCUCCAGCGUUUCCACCAGCGCUCCGUGCUGGCCGUGUCUUUCUGCCAGUUGCGCUGUGUGCGCCGUGCGUGGGUGGCCUGGGGAUUACACGUCCGAGAGGUUCAGGGGGAGAAAUCGGCCGCUACCUUGGCAGCGAAAACUUCAGCUUUCUUGGCAUCCUUGCCCAGCACAGACGCGGCUCCUGCGGAGGAAACCCCUUCUCCAACGCUGAUGGAUUGUGUGGAAGUGGAGGCGGAGACUUCGGCACCGGUGCCACGGCGGAGCCGCUCCUGUCCAAAAGUCCUGAUGGAGAUCGAGAAGCGCGCGGAGGAACGGCGGAAGUCCCAGGAGGAACGCAGCAAACAACGGAAGUUGAAGCAAGAUGCAAAGCAAGAGCUUCCGCUCCCCGGCCCGUCCUCACCACAUGGGGCGGAUGUCGUGACACCCCAGGGUGACAGCACAGAAGCUGCUGAAGGAGGACGGGUUUACUUACCAUUAGGGAUAUACAACCCGCAAGAAUGGUAG